CGCUCCUCCUCCCUCCUUCUUUCUUUCUUUCUUUCUUUCUUUCUUGUGCCGACACAACACAUAGAGAGCACCCAUAUCAGCAUCCAUCCAUCCACCAAAAUAAAUGUUCCACCUUUCUUCUCCUUUCCUUUCCUUUUUGUCUUGAGAUUACCCGAUCAUGAGUUGAUCCAUUCAUUCUCUAACAUACCUAAUUUCUUUAGCUUACCGUAGCAUAGCGUAGCCAGGGGAAAGAAAGGAGCGUGUCUGUAAAAUAAUAAAGCAGCCAGCAGCAAAAGAAGAGGAUUGGAUUCAUCUUCCUCCCUCUCUCUCUCUCCCUCUCUGAUUCCAUCCCUAUCCUUUCCUUUGCUCCCGCUGAUUCCAUUCCAUUCCAUGGCGCACUGAUUGGAUUGGAUGCUGCUGCCCGCCGGAUCUAUCCCCCCGCUUCCGUCUUCCUCACCCUCAGAGCACACCACACCGGAGGAAUCCCUCCUCCGUCACCUCCGAUUUGAACUUACCUACCUUCCUUCCUUCCGGCGAGCCGCCAUGCCUCCACUCAAAUCCCCCCCAACCUAGAGCUAGAUAGAUAGACAGACACAAGGAGAGCUCUGCUCUGCUCCAGCCAUGGCGGCUGAGGCGCCGGCCCCUUCCGCGCGCUCCCGGGCCCUCGCCUCCGCCUCCGCGCCCGCGCCGGCCACCUCCAGGCGCCCCAAUGCCACUCCCGCAGCAGACACCGCCGCGCCCUCCACCUCCCCUCCGCCCUCCUCCCCGCCGUCAGCCCCACCUCCCAAGCUCGCCGCCUCCCCACCACCCACGCCGGCCGCCCCGACUCCAAGACCCGCGCCGCGCGCCCCGUCCCCGUCCGCCUCGCCCCCGGCCCGCGCCCCGCCGCACGCCAAGCCCUCGCCCCCUCCCUCGGCGGCCGGCCACCACCCGCAGCUGCCGACGCCGGCCACGGCCGUCGACCCGGCCAACACGCACGGCAGGAGCCCCAACAAGUCCUCCACGCAGUCCGCCGGGGAGCGGGGCCGCAAGGCCUCCCCCCCGCCGGGCAGCAACAACGGGGGGGCCAGCAACGGCGUCGUCAUCGCCGUCGGCGCCGUGCUCGCCUUCCUCGUCGUCACCCUCAUAGCGGCCGCCGUCCUCUACACCAAGAAGCGCCGGAGGGGGCGGGACGACUACCGCCCCGGGUUCCGGUCGCCGCCGUUCUCUUCAGAGCUGCCACCCUCAGGUUCAGUUCCUUCGGGCGGCGGCGACUCGGCGAACGCGGCAAUGUCGUCGUCGGCCGACCCCUCCGUCCACACCAACUACAGUGCCGGCAGUCCCAGGCUGAAACCGUGCGUGUCCGACAUGAGCGUCGGCAACUCGCGCUUCUUCACGUACCAGGAGAUGUACCAGAUCACCGACGGCUUCUCGCCGCGCAAUUUGCUCGGCGAGGGAGGGUUCGGGUCCGUGUACAAGGGCCGGCUGCCCGAAGGGAAGGACGUGGCCGUCAAGCAGCUGAGGGAUGGUAGCGGGCAAGGGGAGCGCGAGUUCCAGGCCGAGGUGGAGAUCAUCAGCCGCGUGCAUCACCGGCAUUUGGUUUCUCUUGUCGGGUACUGCAUCGCCAAUAGCCAGAGGCUGCUCAUCUACGAUUUCGUGUCGAAUGACACUCUGCAUUAUCACCUUCACGGACAGGGAAGGCCUGUUUUAGAGUGGUCGGCUAGGGUUAAAAUCGCUGCCGGUGCUGCUCGUGGAAUAGCGUACCUGCAUGAAGAUUGCCAUCCAAGGAUUAUUCACCGAGACAUCAAAUCCUCAAACAUUUUGUUGGAUAAUAACUUUGACGCACUGGUGGCCGAUUUCGGUCUUGCAAGACUGGCUUUGGACGCUGUAACACAUGUGACUACACGGGUUAUGGGGACAUUUGGAUACAUGGCUCCGGAGUAUGCGUCAAGUGGCAAGCUGACUGAGAAAUCCGAUGUGUUCUCUUUUGGUGUGGUACUAUUAGAGCUUAUGACUGGUCGAAAGCCUGUCGAUGCAUCAAGACCAUUGGGUGAUGAGAGCCUUGUUGAGUGGGCUAGACCGUUGCUUAGUCGAGCUCUCGAGACGGGAAAGCUGGAAGAGUUGGUCGACCCCAGGCUUGAGAGGAACUUCAACGAGGUCGAAAUGUUCCGUAUGAUUGAAUCUGCAGCCGCCUGCAUUCGACACUCGUCAUCAAAGAGGCCCAGAAUGAGCCAGGUGGUGCGGGUCCUCGAUAGCUUAGCGGAUAUCGACCUAACCAACGGCGUCCAGCCAGGGCAGAGCGAGCUCUUCAACGUGGCAAACACGGCGGACAUCAGGAUGUUCCAGCAGAUGGUGCAGGGCAACCAGGACGACAGCUCCGCCUUCAGCCAGUAUAGCUGGAUCAGUCGCAGUAGGGCCGACGCCGAGGCCACCUCCUCAAACUCCCGGAUCUUAUGACCGUCUUUGUUUCCGUGCUCCACAUGUACGUAGCCAUUCUUCUCGACCCACUGAUUCGGCCGGGCUGUGUUAUCGACCAUCGAAAAAAGUCUGGUGUAAUUCUCGCCUUGUUACGAUGAUUGCUCGCGUGUAGAUCGCACGAGCGAGGAAGAUGUACUCUUGUUUGACAAAUCAUUAAGCUAGAAGCUGUUGUUGUGGUUGGUAACUAACUUGUUAGGCUGCCUGCUCUUGCUGCUGUUGCCUAACUGAAAGAGCACAAUGUUUGAACUUUCUGUAGUCUUUCUUUUUGUGUUGUUGGCUUGACAAUGAUGUUGAUUGAGGCCACAUCUAAAGGGAGAAAAGAGAAAGGAUGCUGAUGAUGACUUGUUCAA